AGUAACAGUAGCGGCAGUGCGACUUGGAAAAAGAUGUAAAUUUUCUUAAGGCGAUAAUUUGAGGAAAAUACCUACAAAUAAGUGUGAAAACUAGUGAAAAGUGUGCCUCGCACUUUGGUUAUCAUCUUUCGAAAGGAAAAUCAUAAAUUUUGUUGCAUAAAAACAAAGGAAAGCUUGUGGAAAAGUAAUCGGCAAAGUCCACAAGAGGAAUUUGGCGAAUUUGCAUUGUACACUCAUUCUGAUUUUACCACACAACCUCAACGUUACCUUGUCCUCCGUUGUCUUCGUUUAAUUGUAUUGUGUGUUCCCCUAUUUGCUUUUGCCUUUGGUUCGGAAUUUUAUCGUCUUCAUCAAAGCAGCACAGCAUUAGCAAUUGUAAAGAUAUAGGAGGUGAAAAAAGCAUUUGCUCAUAAGAUUUUAAAAGUGUCCACAAUUGAAAACAAUAAAGAAACAAAAUACCAAAAAGCGAGCGGAAGAACGGCUGGCGUAAAUAAAAGCUUCGAAAAGAUAGUGAAUCGUGAAAGCAUCUGAAAAAGAAGUUGAUUCCAAAGAAGUAAAGAGGAUAGGUAAAGGUAAAGACUAGAAAAAGAACAGUUUGUGCGGGGUGUUAGAGACCGCCUGCUCGAGUGCCAAAGUGGAAGGAAAGCAAUAAGAAAGAAGAAGAGCAGAACUGAAAGGGUGCAAAAAUAAGACAUAAUUUUGACAGUGAAAGAUUUUGUAAAAGGUCGCGUUGUAGCCAAAGACUCAUCAUCAUAGCACAGCGACGACGAAGUGUGUAAAAGAAAAAGUGCGGUUGCGGGGCGCUGUAAAAUUGAAUUUAAAGCGUAAUUGUGACGAGAAAAUGGAAAUCGAGCCCGACCAAUCGAUAGAGGCAAUGGACACACAAGAGGUCGAAAUAAUCACAAGCGACCUGCAACAUCAGCAACAGCAACAAUUAAAUAAGCUGCAUUUGCCAGCAGAACAGCUGCCCAACGAGAACGGUAACGGUCCGCCGCAGCAAUUACUAGCCGACAACACUUCGCCAUACGCCAACGAACAGGAGAUGACGUCCGUCGACGAUCCCAAGGACGAUCAGUUUCGUUCUGAAGCUACAUUUUCAUAUACGGUGGACAAUAUAACGCAGCUUAAGCAACAACAUCUCUCACCACCCGUAUAUGUACGCAUGUUGCCAUGGAAAAUUAUGGUAAUCCCAAAUGAGCGAGCGUUAGGUUUCUUCCUUCAAUGUAAUGGCGAAAACGAAUCACCUACAUGGUCGUGUAACGCCAUCGCUGAAUUACGACUGAAAUGUCACAAACCAGAUGCACCACCAUUUACUCGUGCGCGUAUUAAGCAUCUUUUUUACUCCAAAGAGAACGACUACGGUUAUUCAAACUUUAUUACGUGGUCAGAAUUACAGGAGCCCGAAAAGUGUUACAUACACAAUGGCGCUAUUACAUUGGAGGUGCACGUUGUGGCAGAUGCACCGCACGGUGUGCUUUGGGAUUCCAAAAAACAUACUGGUUAUGUGGGACUUAAAAAUCAAGGAGCAACAUGUUAUAUGAAUUCAUUGCUGCAAACACUCUAUUUUACUAAUCAAUUGCGACGUGCUGUUUACAAAAUACCGACAGAGGCCGAUGAUAGUACCAAAUCGGUCGGAUUAUCAUUACAACGCGUUUUUCAUGAUCUACAAUUCGGCGACCGCCCAGUAGGCACUAAAAAGCUUACCAAGUCAUUCGGUUGGGAAACACUUGACUCGUUUAUGCAACAUGAUGUACAGGAAUUCUUACGAGUUCUGCUCGAUAAAUUAGAAUCGAAAAUGAAGGGUACAUGUUUAGAAGGCACCAUACCGGGUUUGUUUGAGGGUAAAAUGUCUUCAUAUAUAAAAUGCAAGAAUGUUGAUUAUAACAGUACACGUUACGAAACCUUCUACGACAUACAGUUGAACAUAAAGGAUAAAAACAAUAUCUACGAUUCUUUCAAGGAUUAUAUAGCAUCUGAAACACUUGAGGGUGAUAAUAAGUACGAUGCGGGUGUGCAUGGCCUCCAGGAGGCAAGCAAGGGAGUUAUCUUCACGGCUUUUCCGCCCGUGUUGCAUUUGCAUUUAAUGCGUUUCCAAUAUGAUCCCAUAACAGAUAGUUCCAUCAAAUAUAACGAUCGUUUCGAGUUUUACGAUCGCAUAAACUUAGACGAAUAUUUGGCUGAGAAGGAGAAGACACCAGCCGAGUAUGUUUUGCAUGCAGUGCUUGUACAUUCGGGUGACAACCAUGGCGGCCACUAUGUGGUAUUCAUUAAUCCGAAAGCGGACGGAAAAUGGUUCAAAUUCGAUGAUGAUGUCGUCUCCAGUUGUCGUCGGGUCGAAGCCAUUGAACAGAAUUAUGGAGGAAAUGAUGAUGAAAUCUCGUUCCAUGCAAAAUGCAGCAACGCUUAUAUGUUAGUCUACAUACGUAAAUCCGAAUUGGAACGCGUACUCAGCGAUAUACCCGAAAAUGAAAUACCCAGUGAAUUAGUGGAACGUUUAGAACUGGAGAAACGUAUCGAAAUGGCACGUCGUAAGGAGCGCAGCGAGGCAAACUUAUAUGUAUCCAUACAUGUUAUCCUAGAAGAAUACUUUGAGGCGCAACAGAAGCGGCGACUAUUUGAUUUGGAUAAAGUGCAUCAACGUCUAUUCAAGUUAAAACAAACACAAACUGUCGAAGAGAUGAUGGACGCGUUCGUGAAGUCAUUUGGCGUGCCCAAAGAUCGUAUGCGCCUCUGGAUUCUGUUUGCGACACAAUCGCAAAAAUUUCUGUACUUUGAUUUCCAACGAGAGGGUUUGAGUCCAAUUGAGCAAGUCGCUUCUGCACAGAAACCAUGGGUGAUCUUCAUAGAGUUGGCGUCACCGCUUGUACCUGGCCGCCCGUUGCCACCGUUCAAUCCCAAACAAGAAGUGCUGCUUUUCUUUAAGUAUUAUGAUGCAUGUAAUAAGCGUUUAAAUUAUAUUGGCUGCUCACAACAGCCACGUAGUCGGCGUUUAAGCGAAAUUGUCACGGAGGUGAAUACGCACUUGGGCUUUGAGCCAGACACCGAAUUAACGGUAUUCGAUGAAUGUCACGACAAAAAAAUUACCAAUAUCAAUGAACCACUAGAGAAUGUGCUUUACCUGCAUCCGGACAAUCUGCAGGGCAAUAUAUUAAUAUUCGAAAAGGAACAUAUUGACAUCAAACUAGAUUUGCCUACCGUCGAAGAUUAUUUCUUGGAUUUGGUGUAUAGAGUGGAAAUCACGUUCUGUGAUAAAUGCAAUCCCAAUGAACCGGAAAUCGUACUAGAACUUUCCAACCGUUACAAUUACGAUCAAAUGGCAAAAGCGGUCGCAGAGCGACUCAAUACCGAUCCAAACAAAUUGCAGUUCUUUAUGUGUGUCAGUAGUUACAAAGAGACACCCGGCAAUGCCGUUCCAUACACGUUCAAGGGAACUGUAAAGGAUCUAGUCGCAUACUGCAAGCAGAGCGCAACCAAAAAGCUCUUCUAUCAAAGACUGUCUCUCAGCAUCCACGAACUCGACAAUAAGAAACAAUUCAAAUGCAUUUGGGUCUCAAAUGAUCUUAAGGAGGAAAAAGAACUAGUACUGUAUCCCAAUAAGAAUGAGAAUGUCAAAGGUCUAUUGGACGAGGCUGCCAAAAAGAUACAAUUCGCUGAAAAUAGUCGCAAGAAAUUGCGAUUACUAAAAGUGGCCAAUCACAAAAUCGCCACCAUAUACAAAGAAGAUAUGCCGCUGGAAGCGCUACAAAAGACCAACGAAACGCUGACGGCACAAAGUGCGCAGAAGACUUUCCGCAUUGAGGAAGUGCCUGCCGAAGAUAUGCAACUGGCCGAGAAUGAGAUACUCGUUCCCGUGGCACAUUACAGCAAAGAGAUAUACAAUUCCUUUGGUGUGCCAUUCUUGAUCAAAGCGAAACAUAACGAACCAUAUGGUGCGCUAAAACAACGCAUACAAAAGCGUCUGAAUGUGCCCGAUAAAGAGUGGGAGAAUUUCAAGUUUGCUGUCAUCUCAAUGGGGCAUCCGAACGAGGUUAACGACAAUACACCGGUCGAUAUGGAGAUCUAUCGCACUUGGUCUAAUGCACAUUUGCCUUACUUUGGACUAGAUCACAUAAAUAAAUCCAGAAAGCGAACAUCCUUAAAUUUCUCCGAGAAAGCGAUUAAGAUUUACAAUUAAAUUAGAAUAUAAUUGGCGAAAAACAACAAAAACAUAACAAAAGAUGAACUCAUUGUGGGAUCGAUAAUGUGUGCGUGCAAAUAACAACAAAAACAAAAAUAUGUAAUAAUCGAGAAAAUGCGAACUGCCGAAUUGGAGGAAAAUAUGCGGAGAGAAGCAUGAAAACAGCGGGUAGUAUUGUAGCAGAAUAAUUUUAAAAUGGGGCUUUAUGGCUAAAAGACGAGAGACGAGUUUAAAUUAUAGCACGAUAAACGAUAAAAACAAAUUGGAAACCAUAACAAAAAAGUUGCUAAUGUAUGUCUUGUUCUUAUGUUUACAUAUGCUGCAUAUACGCCGUAACAACAACAACAACAACAACACGAACAUACUUACAAAUAGCUGCAACCGCAAUGGCAACAAAACAAAAUAUGUGUGCAGCCAACAACAAAGUGAAGCAAACAAGUAACCAUCCGACCGACCGACCGACCGACCGACGGACUACCAAACAACCGAUUUGUCAAUCAGCCAACUAACCAACCAACAACAAUUUUAAGCGCAAACAAGCAAGCAAAAACAAAAAUAUUAAAAACAAACCAGAUAUGGCAACAACAAGAAGCGUAGGGUGUUUGUGAAUUGUUGUUUGCUUUUAUAGUUUCGAAUGUGUUUCAAAAGAGCUUCGCCUGCAAAAUUUUCACAAAACUCACAAUCACACACACUCUCACACACACACAAACAAUAGAGCAUAAACUAUAAAUGGAAAUACAGAACACACUUUAACAAAACAAAUAAACCGAACUUUAAAAUUAAACUAAAAUAAAAAAUAUUAAAUUAAAAAUGUACUACUUUAAUAUAUAUAUAUAUAAAUAUGUAUAUGUAUAUUUAAAAAUUAACUUAGGCGUACGAAUGUAAAAGAAAAAACUAAAAUUUACGCAAAAUUUUGUUAUGCAAGUAGCAUCUUAACAAUCGACGACGGUGCUGGUGACGUUGGCUGCGUCGUUUACUGGCUGAUUGGAAUCGACGUAGCAAGUACGAUAUUGGUGGAGUGCGUUAUAGUUUGCAUUUUGUUUGGCGAGUAUUCGGGCGCUCAAUCCGCGCAUAUAAAUUGCAGAUGUUAGUUAGGUGCAUUUCAGGAGCCACAACUGUCUCUGUAUACCUCUACCUGAUUUCAUUUAGCGAAUCAAAGCAAUUUUACACUACCGCAACAUUAUUCUUGAGUAAUCGCAAUGCAUGCGAAGUCGCUAUGUAAAUGUAGGCAGCAGCAGCAACAACAAAAACAACAUCAACAUGGAAACGCAUUGAAUGCAAGUAGAAUAAUUUGAAAUAUACAUAAACACACACUUAUAUAUAUAUUAUAUUAAAGAGAAAAAAUAGAGAUAUACAUAAAUUGAAUCUAACAAAACAAAAUGUUGCGAUAAUGAUUUUUAGAUAACCCAUUUAGUACAUCAGUAAAAACGCCAACGCAUGCAUACGUAAAAAAAUUCACACACGCACAUAUUACUUUUGCGUCAAAAGGAUUUUAAUAACUUCCAUAUCACACAUAAUCUGAAAGAUUCUGCUCAUGCUUACUGAUAACAGAGUUCUUUAUUCCAUUAACACCAACACAUCCAUAAGAGAAUGCUGCACAGUGAUUAUGCGUAUGAUUGAUUAUGAGUGGUGGGGAGGAGUUCGUACUUCUAUUUGAUAUUGUCAGCUAAAGCCGUUUUUUUAAGUUCUGGGGCGGUUGUGUAUAUAAUUGUAAGCAAAGCUAUUUGUAUGCACCGAGUAUUCCGUUAAUUAUUGUUAAUUUUUUUUAUUAAUACAUAUGUAUAAUCAAAAUUAAUUUGUUUUAA